AGAGUUUUGUGCGCUUUUAUAACGUGUACAAUAUAUGGGAGAUUGGCUGCUUUCGCUUUGGACGGAAAGCUAUUAUCAAAUAAAUGCAAAGCCGAACAAACAAAAAGAAGAAACGACGAAAAUUAGUCGAGAGCACACUUGAAUAUCAUUACUGGGGUCAGAGUACGAGAUUUGUUUUUAGUGAUUCACUGGCGGCGCUGUGGCAUUGUUGAACUGAAACGUUGGAUAGCGUGGAGCAAAGCCCCCCUCGCCGCUCAUCUGCGUGUGCUCCGAGUCAUCGCGUCCGGCAAUGGUAGGCGCCCGAUACUGAGUCUCCACAAACUGCGGUGGCGCUGCAACAAAAUAGAGUUUAAAUCAACUUUUCGUGCAGAAAAUCUCAGUACUCACGUAUAUUGGGAUAAAGAUUGCCACCGCCGCCAGUGCUAUCGGCCACACUCCAGCCCUGAGCCCCACCCAUAGCAACGCCCGAAGCGGGUGGACUGGCUGGACUCACCGGCUGUGUGGGCGCCAGUGAGGGAUCCUCCGAUUGGAUAGCCGGAGCAUCUGUGUAUUGAACGGGUGGCCUCAUGCCGGCCAGCGGAAUGGUCCCCAAAGUGAUGGGUAUUUUGCCCGUUAGAUUUCUAUGCGCACCGCUGACAUCACAUGUCACAUGCAGGUCAUAGUCCAAUGCAAUGAUGCCACAGUUGGAUAGAUUGGUUGGCGGCAGUGCGGGUAUCUCCAGCUGCUGCGUAAACGUGUGCGAGUCGCCGCCAUUCACUGGGCCAAUGCUGAGAUUGGAAAUGAUCACCUUCGAUUCGCGUUUCUCGCUGCGCGGCUGGCUGGUAUGGAAGGUGACCAGCUUGCGAAGCUCAAACUUCACGGCACUGAGAUUCACAUUGCUGGCGUUGUCCACCUCGCAUGUAAUGGGCAGAAUCUGACCCGAGACAUAACCAGUUUGCGGAAGGCUCGUGAUCACGGACAAUGGACCCGACGCACAGCAGAAGCAGCAGAAUGACUUCUCCAGUUCCAGCUUAAAGGGAUCCUUGACACGUGGAUUAAGAUUCAAGUCGACCGGUGCAAUGACCGUAAAGGCCAUUUUCAUAUCCUGAUCGAAUUUCCAGGGCCGAUCCAAUGUCACCUUGAUGGUAUAGCGCACAUGUCCGAAUUCGCCCUCAAACGACGACGGCAAAGUGGGGGGCAAGGCGCAAGUGAAGGGAUAGGUGUGGGUGCCCGGCGGCAGCUCCGUCUCAGAGCCUGAAAGAGUGUGCCAUUAGAGAGGGAAAAUUCUUGUGGUUAGAUUUGUCCAUGGAAUACUCACUGUUCUUGCCGCCCAGCAGGUAGUAUUGGAUCUUAAAGUACUCCUCAUGCCCCUUCAGAGUUGUGAUUUCAUUCUCGGUCUUGCCCUCGCUGGUGGUCACAUUACGCUCCUCAUUCCACUCCGUAUUGGCCUCGCCCAAGAAUCGUAUUAUGAUGCCUGCAAAGAAGAAGUGUUUGCUAUGAAUGACAAUUUACUGCGGUCCAACCCCAACCCUCUGUAAAAUUAGCUAUAAAUAAUAUAAAAGCUACUGCGUCUCUGCUACGCUCUCGCUGACGACUCUCGCUCUUGGCAUACCCAACAGAUGACAUCAUCGCUAGGCAGCAGAGCAGCAGCACCAGUCACCAGCCAUCAGCAUCGUUCCAAUACGUUUGCUGGCCUCAAUCAAAGACAUGAAGCUGGUGAGUGUAGUGGAGUACGGGCGACUAUCUUGUCUUGUCUGAUUUUCACUGUGACCCGUGACAUUUCACAUACUUAUCGACUGCAGCCCAUCUCCAUGACAAUACGAAGAAGAAGGACUUUUGCGAAAAUUCUCUUUUUUCUCUGCUUUUUUUAAACAAAUUCAAUUUAAAGUUAACUGCAGCAUCGCAUUAAAUGUCGCUGUUUCGCAAGCCGAAGAAAAUACAGCGACGAGUGUUCUCCAGCAGUGUGGACGAGGACAAUGACGGGGCCACGUUGGACAUGGACGCCGAGAGGGAGUCGGCACCGCCGCCGCCGCUGAUAUUAUCCGGCAAACGCGACAAGGAAAAAGUGAAGAAAACCAUCAAAACAAAUGAUGACAACAAGCCAAAAGCUUUGCUUAGCUUUGUCGACGAUGAGGAUGAUGGGGAGGAGGUUUUUCAAGUGCGGAAAUCGUCGAAUAGCAAGAAAAUAAUGCGUUUAAUGGACAAGGAGCGGCGCAAGAAGAAGCGCGAGGAGCGAACGGAGCACGGUAGCACGGAAAAUGGUAGUACACAGCAUUUAGAGUCGUCCAGUGCCACGGGUGCUUCGGGUGCUACAAAUUCUAGUAGAUAUAAAAACGCGAGCAACGAUCAGAGUAAAAGUAAAAAAAGUGAUAAUCAUAUGAUCCAAACCGAAAUACGCACAGACGACUUUGUGCUCGUGGUUAAGAAAUCAGAGACGCCCGAGGCUGUUCUGAACGGUCGCGCUGCCCUCUGUGCCGGUCGUGAUGAUAUGAGCGACGAUGGUGGGGAUCCAUUGGACGAUGGGGGCCACAGCAAGGAGCAUCAUCGCUUCUCCAAGCCGGAGGCAUUAAAGCAAAUGCUGGAGAGUGGCUCCAUACCAGAUGCGGCCAUGAUACAUGCCGCUCGCAAGCGACGACAGCGAGCGAGAGAGCAGGGUGCCGGUGAUUAUAUACCCAUUGAGGAGAACAAAGAGCCGCCAAAAUUGAGCACCCGCCUGCCCAAUGAGGAUGUCGAGGGCGAUCAGUCGGACGAUGAGGAGCGUGUGGAUAUGAGCGACAUAACCGGUCGCAAGGAGCGCGAAGAGCGUCGCGAGCAGUUCUAUGCCGUCGAGAAUGAUUUGACCGAUGAAGACUCUGACCGCGAGAUGAACGAGUGGGAGAACCAGCAGAUCCGCAAGGGCGUCACCGGUGCCCAGCUAGUCCAUGCCCAGCACGAAACUGUGCUCUCACGCUUCAUGAUCAAACCGGCGGCGCCCAGCGGUGCUCUAGCCCUGGAAGACGACGACCAAGUGGCCCCACAGUCCACCUCCACAUUGCUGGAGCAAGCCUAUGCUAAGAAUGCCCUCGAUCGCAGCCAUCUGGCCUCAGCCAUGCGCAACUCUGCGGCAAAGCCCAAAAAGGACAAACCCAAGGCCACAGCACUGCGCACACCCCAGGAGAUAUUCACUGCCAUUCAGACACGUCUCGCCGAAAUUAAGGAACGCUCGGCAGAUCACUCGGCUACCAUGGCCAGAGUCAGCUUGGAGCUGAAGGAACUGAAGCUGCAGCAGCAAGAGUGCCAGAAGAAUGCCCCAACGGCGGCAGCCAAGUACAAAUUCUAUCAGGAGGUCAAGUGCUAUGUGAACGAUCUGGUGGAUUGCCUGGCCGAGAAGAGCCCCGCGAUCAAUGAGCUGGAAAAGCGGGCCCUGCAGCAGUCGGGAAAGAAUAAUCGCUAUCUGGUUAAUCGCCGGCGACAGGACAUCAGAGAUCAGGCCAAGGAAAUGGCCGAGGCAUCAAAACCCAUUGCCGCUGCCGCUCGUCGCACACCCGAAUACGAAGAACAAGUGCGCCGCGCUGCCGAGCGGGAGGGACGAAGGACACGUCGUCGCUGCGAGCGAGAACGCAACGAUCUCUUGGCCUCCCAUUUGGAUGGCAUGUCCAGCGAUGAUGAAAUUGCCGACCAGCAGCAGGAACAGUGUCUGGCUGCCACCGCGCAAACGCAAAAGGAAGCGGAGGAAGCCUUUGAAGAUGUCACCGAUGAAUUCUGUAAAAUCGAGCUCAUUCUCAUGAAGUUCUAUGCCUGGCGGAAAACGGACAUGUCCUCGUAUCUGGAUGCGUUUGUUAGCCUGUGUCUGCCCAAGCUAUUGGCGCCACUAGUACGCCACGAACUGCUGGUGUGGUCGCCACUGCUGGAAGUCUAUGCGGACAUAGAGACAAUGCGCUGGUAUCAGGCUUGCAUGCUGUAUGCCUGCCAAGCAGAUGAAACAAUGGAGCAGCUAAAAAACGAUCCAGAUGUGAAUCUAGUGCCUGCGCUCAUUGAUAAGAUUGUGCUGCCAAAGGUGACAUCUUUGGUCACGGAAUGCUGGGAUCCCUUGUCUACCACACAAACACUGCGACUCGUGGGCUUUAUCAAUCGCUUGGGUCGUGAUUUUCCACUCACCGGCACCAAUAAGCAGCUAAAGAAACUCUUUGAAUCGAUUAUGGAACGCAUGCGUUUGGCAUUGGAAAACGAUGUGUUUAUACCCAUAUUUCCCAAGCAAGUCCAAGAAGCCAAGACAUCGUUCUUUCAGCGCCAAUUCUGCAGCGGAUUGAAGCUCUUUCGCAACUUUCUCAGCUGGCAGGGCAUUCUGGGGGACAAGCUACUGCGUGAGCUGGCCAUUGGGGGGCUACUAAAUCGCUACCUUCUGCUGGCCCUGCGCGUCUGCUCGCCUAAUGAUGCCAUCAACAAGGCCUAUAUCAUAGUGAAUACCCUGCCCACGGUAUGGCUGCUGCCCAACAGCGAAACUCUCAAAAAUUUGGAACUAUUUAUAAUGUAUAUAAAACAAACAUUGGACAGCUGCGAUUCCAGCAAUCCAGUUUUUAUGCAAUCCUGCGAAAAGGCCAAGCAAAUGCUAAUAAGACUACAUAGUUAUUAAAGUAAAAAACAUCGCUCACAUUUCAAAAACACCAAACCGAAAACAAUCAAAUGCGCUCGUUAUAUAGAAAGGCAAUGCAAAGCACAAAACACUUAAAAAUUCUAUAAUUUAUAAGAAUUUUAAACAAUUUGUAUAUACCCCCAUAACAGAAAGUGCUUGCUCGAAGCUUGAGCUUAGAAAAACAACUCUAAUGAGAUGAAACGCUUUCCUAAAACCCAAACCCCUCCCCCAAUCGUUUUCCUAUAAAACAUUCAAAGUGAUAAAUUGUGGAACUCUGUUUAAGGCUCUUAAACCAUUUUUGUAAUUUUACUGAUUGUAUUCAAGGCGACUCGACGACUCUCGUGCAUAGCAAUAAUAAAAUAUUUAAAAAACAA